AUGGCUACGAUUCGCAUUGCGGACGAGAUUCAUCCCAAAAAUGAGCUCCAAAGCAAGGAAGGGCGGCCCGCGGACUCAACUUCGAUCUACACACACGAUGAUGGCAUUUACAACAUGCGCUCGAGGAGGUCCUCCCAUGACCUGACGCUGUACCGCUCAAGGUCUCUGCAGCAAGAUGAGGACCCCGGCCUGCGAAAAGAGGGCGACUUUAAGGAGAAGCAGGUCUUCAGUGGCAAGAUGCUUCUCUGGCUUGCCUAUCAAUCAAUUGGAGUCAUUUAUGGAGACAUCGGUACCAGUCCUCUUUACGUCUACUCGUCAACCUUCACCUCUGCGCCAUCAAAUGAAGAUCUGAUAGGUGUCUUGUCCCUCAUUAUUUGGUCUCUUAUCAUGAUGGUGACCGUCAAAUACAUCAUAAUCGUUCUGCAUGCAGAUAAUGAGGGUGAAGGAGGCACAUUCAGCACGUACUCCCUCCUAAGCCGCUACAUGAACAUCACGAAUCGCGACCCAAGAGAAGCCUCUCUGAUAAGGAUAAAGAGACACGCCUCGGGCGAUCUCGAAAACGCCGGGCGUGUCAUGCGCAAGGGCCUCGAAUCAAGUCGUCUGGCACGCGGCCUCCUCAAGACCGUGGGCGUUUUGGCUGUCUCUAUGGUCCUGUCCGAUGGCGUCCUCACACCUGCGCAGUCCGUUCUUGGUGCCGUUCAAGGUGCCCGGGUGGUGAAUCCUAGCAUCUCCAAAGGUGCUAUUAUCGGCAUUACCGACGCCAUUCUCGUCCUUCUGUUCCUCAUCCAGCCUUUCGGUAUCACCAAGAUUACUUUCGCAUUUUCUCCCAUCGUUAUCAUCUGGCUUGGGUUCAACGCCGUUUUCGGAAUCUAUAAUCUAGCAAAAUAUGACGCUUCGGUCUUUCGAGCUUUCAAUCCCGGCUACGCGUUUGAGUUCUUGAUCCAUCACGGUGAGCAUGGAUGGAGAAUGCUCGGGGGUGUUUUGCUGGCCUUCACGGGGGUCGAGGCGUUAUUUGCCGACCUAGGGGCAUUCAGCCGCAGGGCAAUUCAGCUCAGUUGGCUGUGCUACACAUUUCCAUGUCUCCUUCUGGCAUACAUCGGCCAAGCAGCCUAUAUCAGCGUUCAUCCAGAAGCAUACUCAAAUCCAUUUUUUGAGGCUGCGCCUCCGGGCACCAUCUAUCCGUCCCUCAUUAUCGCCAUUCUUGCGGCUAUUGUCGCUUCACAAGCUAUUAUUACUGCAACAUUCCAGCUCCUCCACCAAGUCAUGAAAUUGUCAUAUUUUCCACAACUAACGGUCAAACACACCUCGAAGAUCUUCCAUGGCCAGUUGUACAUUCCUCUCGCGAAUUGGCUUCUCAUGAUCGGCACAAUCCUCGUGGCCUCAAUUUACAAUAACACGACCUCGCUCGGAAACGCCUACGGUGUUUGCGUUAUGUUCGUCACGUUCUUCGACACAUGUAUGGUGUCGUUGACAGCUAUCUUCGUGUGGCGUUUCAGUCCGUUCCUCGUUUUUCUACCUUGGCUUACGAUCGCUUGCUUGGACGGCACGUUCCUCUCCUCGGCCCUCACCAAAGUGCCGGAUGGAGCCUGGUUUACUCUUACGCUCGCGUUCGUUCUGGGCAUGGUCUUUAUGCUCUGGCGCUUUGGCAAGGAGCAGCAAUGGGUUGUUGAAGCCGAGGACCGAUUCCCGACUUCCCAUUUCAUCAAGAAAGGGCCCGAUGGUCUGCAUCUCACCGAAAGAUUCCACGGCACAGCCCUUAGCACCAUCAACGGGUUUGGCAUCUUCUUUGACAAGGGUGGUGAGACUACACCAAUCGUGUUUAGCCAAUUCGCUAUAAAACUCACCGCGAUGCCCGAGGUGUCAGUAUUCUUCCAUCUUCGCCCACUGGAGACGCCUUCCGUACCACCAUCUGACCGGCACACUGUGUCGAAACUGGCUAUCCCGCACUGCUACCGUUUAGUCGUGAGAUACGGCUAUAACGACGAAGUCAUGACCCCCGACCUGUCGUUUGUCAUCUACGAGCAGAUCCGAGCGUACAUCCUUUCCGAACAAAAGGUGAAGUCGCAAAUGAAUGCCGAUCCUGCGCUCGUCAGCGACGAAUGCGCUGUAGAAGACGCUGCCACUACAUGCAGUGAGACGGGCACAGGCACUGAGACGGACGAAAAAUUUCAAUUCUCACGAAAAGUCCGCCUACAACAGGAUCACGACCUCGAAAAGCGCACGGAAGCCCUUCUUGCGCGUCUGGACCGCGCAUUUGGAUACAAAGUAAUGUACAUAAUGGGCAAGGAGCAGUUGACCAUCAAAAACGGCACAAACUACUUCCGAAGGACACUGCUGUCUUUGUUUCUGUGGAUGAAGGACAACACGAGGACCAAGAUGUCCAACUUGGCGGUGCCGACGGAGAAGCUCAUCGAGGUCGGCUUUUUGAAAGAGAUAUAG